GAAAAAAUCUAAAAAAAAAAUCUUGACAGAUAAGAAUUUAGGCCUAACCUCUGAGAAUUUGUGAAAAAUACAAAAAUUGGACAAAAUGGCAUCACUCAAAGCGUAUAGUGUAGGAAGAAUGGCAAAAUACAUUACAGAAUCCAGUUUACGUCAAUUCCGAUCGAACAUUUACAGAAGCACAGCAUGCUCAUACAGCACAGAGGAGAAGCCAGCGGAAACAAGCAAUAAUAACGACAAGCAGCUGCCGACGACGGUCGAGGAGUGCCACAAGCAAAUAGAGACGCUCACCGCUGAACUGAACACAACUAAGCAACAGAUGAAAGAUUUUGAGGACAAAUACAAGCGAGCGUUGGCGGACGGUGAAAAUGUGCGGAGAAGGAUGGUGAAACAGGUGGAGGAUGCCAAGUCGUUUGCGAUACAGAGCUUUUGCAAGGACCUCCUCGAUGUAGCGGACACGCUGUCGGCGGCGGCGGAGAGCGUGCCGGCGGACGCGGGCGCGGGCGCGGACGCCGCGCUGCGCUCGCUGCACGCCGGCGUGCGGCUCACCAGGGCGCAGCUCACGCAGGUGUUCUCCCGGCACGGCCUGGUCGCUGUGUCACCGUUACGAGAAAAGUUCGACCCGAACCUUCACGAGGCUUUGUUCCAACAGGAGGUGGAAGGCUUUGAACCGGGUACAGUGGUUACCGUAAGCAAAGUGGGUUACAAACUGAAGGACCGUUGUGUGCGGCCGGCGUUAGUCGGCGUAGCGAAGGCGUAAUGGCUCCUGGACUAUACCGGACUCUGGAGGCCUACCACGAAACAUAUAAACGCGUGGCACGUCACUAACGUUCGUGCACACGCUAUCUCUUUUUAUUACAAGCUUUUAGUUUCACCUUUUAAAAGACAAAGAUUAUUUAUUUGCAAAAACAUGAGUUUACAUUUUUUUACAAUGUGGUGUUAAAAGAACAGCUUAAUCCUACAUGUGUCACCGUCCACGGGUAUGCAAAUUUAAAUGGAGAGCAUUCUAUCAUCCCACAAAACAAAAUCGAACAAAUAAAAGUAACUAAAUUAACUAAAUUUAUAUCUAAAUCUGUCAUUUAAAAAAAUCGUUUAAAUUAUAAUAACAUUUAUCCAAUAAUCAAUCUGUCAUGUUGUCUGUCUGUAAUCAAAUCUUGCAAGUUAGAUUUCUCUCACUUCCAGUUGAGCUAUAGAGUUGAAAUUUCCCACGUCGCUUCAGUUUCCAUGAUAGUGCAUUAAUAUGAUAAGCAUCAUUGCUUAUUGUAAUGGUUAAGACCCCCCCCCCCCGCCUUUGAACAAAAAGGGCCCAGGUUCGGAUCCUACUCGUGCCACAUGAGUUUGUAUACCAAUCUGACUCAUGUAUAGUAGUUUUCAUCGACCAUCACUUGCUUCCGGUGAGGGAAAACAUCGCGAGGAAACCUGCAUACUAGUUGAUUAUUAACUUGUGUGUGAAAUGGAGAAGGCAAUGACAAACCACUCCAUUAAUAAUGCCAAGAAAGUUGUUGUGUUUCAUUCCACGUAAUGACCGCGACCCACAGCCAUGAGGACUAUGAAAAAUGACCUGAUGGUGCAACCCUGAUCGGUUCCGAACGAGGGAACUCCUCAACUGUUUAUAGCACGCACAUGGGUUUUUUGCCAGGCGUCAAAUGCCAUAAGAUCUCGUCAGAGACGACAAUAAAAACUUGACAAACAUUUUAUCGUGUAAAAUAAAGGAAGAGCGCGUGAACGCAGUUGCUUGCUGCGUGUUUUGUGCUUCAUGGUAAAUGGACUACAUCAAAUGGUACUGGCUAUGUUCUGUUAUUCUGUGGCAGUGUUUCGAAUUUCGUCGGAAAUAUAUAUAUAUAUAUAAUGUUGUCGAAAGAUGUUUGUUUGUUUGUAGUUGAGUUUUAAAUAAUUUAACACGUUGUGAGCGUUUUUAUCGACAGUUUGAGAAAAAAAAAUAUUAUUGCAAUAUUAUUGAUAAAAAGCAGGAGCCAUAUUAUUGGUAAAAUAUGAUAAUGUCGUUAGUAUGAAAACGAUUAGUAUCGCUCCUAUCGAUAGUAUCGCUCUGCGGUAUGACUUGUCUCUAUCGAAUGUGCAAAUUGCAAUCGGGGUAGUAUCGGCAGGCCUAUCAAUCGUACGACCUUUUCGAAUGACGGCGCAUGAGGUACAUAGAGACUAACGUCUUUACGACUUUAGUCUAAACGUAAUAAAUACAAACAUUUUCAUUUUUAGUAUUAAUGUCGUUUCU